AUGGCACACGCAGACGCGUCGCUGGUACCGUCGACAAUAACUACCAAGUCUCAGUUCUGGGACCAUGUAUACUCGCAACUGGAAUCAUUGCUCGAGGGCCAAAGGCACUGGAUUACAAACCUAGCUAAUGCAUCUUCGUUAAUCUACAACUGCCUUCUCGCCUUCCCUGCAUAUUUCGGAAGCGGCGACCGUGCUGUCAACUGGUGUGGAUUCUAUAUUCUUCCGUCCCUGUUCCCGCACCCACAGUUCACCACACCCACAAGCAGCCAACCGAGUGUAUCACGAGACAAGGGUAACUUGCUGUUGGGUCCUUUUUGCGGCAAACCAGCGUGUCAGCUUAUCAACCUCCAAGCCGACAAGGCUCGAGGUGUGUGUGCUGACGCAUUCAUUCAUGGCAAAACGGUUAUUGUACGAGACGUGAACACCUAUCCAGGGCACAUCGCAUGUGACGGAUCCACUAAUAGCGAAAUUGUAUGUCCCCUUAUCUAUCAAGGAAGCGAUGGACCCUUUGUGUUUGGAGUGCUGGACUUGGACUGUCUUGCAUUGUCUGGUUUCGACGAGGACGACCAGGCUGGACUAGAGCAAAUAGCCAAGUUAAUAGUGCGAAGCUGUGAAUGGUAG